CCCGGAAGCUCCCUCCUUCCUCUUCCUGUGCUCCCCCGUCCCUAGUAACGGCGGACACUUCCCGCUUGGCAACCAUGGAGGAUGCUGCCGUUUUAAAAGUAUCAUUCACGUUCCCAAACAAAGAAAAGUAUGAAGGAGAGUGCACAAAGACACCUGAGGGUUUGUUGCAGAGGAACGGGCUCGGAGUUCACACCAGUGCCAACGGAAUGACGUACACUGGUAGCUGGUUAAACGACAAGAUGAAUGGUACUGGAAGGCUAGAACAUCCUUCUGGGGCUGUUUAUGAAGGCGAGUUCAAAGACAACAUGUACCACGGGUCAGGAACCUACACAUUUCCAAAUGGAGCAAAGUACAUCGGACCAUUCAAUGAAAACAAGAUGGAAGGUGAAGGAGACUUCAUAGAUGAAAACGGAGUGGUGUGGACUGGCACAUUCAGUGGCACAAAAGCAGCAGGACUGAAACAUAAGCUGAAAAUGUAGCUAUUUGGCACUGUCAAAAGCAGCCCCAUUUGAUCUCACCCCAGGUUCAACAGCUGUCAUUGAUCUCUUCACGUAUUUAUUAAAAACAAAGCCUUAGGUCACUGGUAAAUAAUAGAAAGUUACUUUACUUUGCAAAUUGAUCAGCUGCAGUAAGGAGAGGAAUGGGGCUGAAUAGGUUAAAUUUAGAAGUAGAGCAGUUAAUGACUGCAUUUUUUGUUUAACUUUAACUUGACCUGGGAAUUUCUUUCUUGCUGGGUUUCAACAAAACCACGUAUCAGCAAACGAAUCCUCAUUUAUGCUCAGCCUCUCUAAUUUUUCCCCAGAAAACAAACCUGCCAACCCAUAGAAGCCUUUGGAAACACAGUAGGAUCUGGACAUAGAGCAAGCACAGCUGCAGCGUGCAGUUACUCCUCCCAGGUCAAUACCACUCAACCCAGGUUCCAGCAGUACAAUGCUCAAAAAUAUGUGCCAAGGCUACUUUUCUCUGGGGGACAAGUGAGCUCACAGGAGGCUGAUUGCUGCUGAAGGCCGUUCCUAGCAGAAGGUCUAAUGCAAUUAAAUAAAUACACCUCUA